GCAAAGUGUAAUAAACACGUGUGUUGGGAAAUAUAUAACCAAAUGAAGGGAUUAGUAGUCGCUUUGACGCCCAAAGGCGCCAACGGCGUGAUCGCUACAGCAGCUCUCUCGCUGUUUAUGCUGGGUAUUGCCCUGAUGAUCGGAUGCCGUGAUCUGCCGCAAUGUGAACUACCAUAUGAUUUCGCACCAAACACAAAGGGUGUGGUGGCUUUUACUCCUGAUGUAUGCCCAAAAUUGCGUAUGCCUCUGAAGGGUACAUAUGGACUCUACUACAAGUUGGAUGGAUAUUACCAAAAUCAUAAGGAAUAUCGUCGUAGUGUGGAUUACAACCAACUAUACGGAAACAUAUUAACCAAGCCCAGUGAUCUCACCAGUUGCGGAUCCUACCUCCAAGACUUUGACGGCAAGAUAUUCCACCCAUGCGGUGCUGUUGCACGGACUGUAUUCACAGACCGCUACAUGAUAUAUCAUGAUGAGGCAAUGCAGCACCCUAUCGAGCUGGAUGAAAGUCGUUACACAAUUUGCAGCCGUAACGGCGCACACUGGCUAUUCAGAAACCCUACCGAUAAGCAGCGACGUGAAAAUUAUUCCAGGGUAAACUUCUGGUUACAAUCCACUAAGAUGCGCCAAGCGCUAAAUAUGGACAAGCCAGAUGUCGGUGAGGGUGUUGAGAACGCACACUUCAUCAACUGGAUUGAACCAUCGUCAACCUCUACAUUCAAGAAGUUAUAUGGUGUCUUCUAUGGAUCUAGGGAAACAACUGCUCUUUACGUAUCGGUGGAAGUAAGCUUCCCUAUAGAAUCAGUUGUUCGCAAGAGCUUGGUAGUUGAGCAGGCGUCGUUCCUAACAAGCAUGGGAUACACCAUGGGCGUUUGCUACGUGGUGGUGGCAGUGAUUAUCUUUGUAAUGGGAUUGAUGGGAAUAAUACAUACAUACAUCAACAUGCUCACCAAGCCCAAACUUUCACAUCAUUCACACCAUUCCCACGGGCACAGCCAUGGACAUGGACACAGUCAUGGGCACGGACAUGGACAUGGUGACGGAUUCUGCCAUGGACACGAUAAUGACAACCAAGGACAUGGUCAUGGACAUAGUCACGGGCAUGGUGAUGGUUUAUGUCAUGGACAUGAUAAUGAUGAUCACGGGCAUAUUGAAGAGGGCCAUGGCAAUGAUGAGCAUGGACACAGUCACGGACAUAUUGACCAGGGGCAUGAUCAUGAAAGUGUUGAUGAGCCUACACCAGUAGAAGCCCAUCAUGAAGUGUCUAAUCAUGAGGAGGAAGACCAUGAAUAUGGUGCUGAAGAAGAUGAUCAUAGCUAUUCCGGCGGGCACGGUUGUUGUUGACAUAUC